UUUAAAUAGUUACUAUACUCUUUGAUCAAAUUUCAAUUCAAUAGAAAAGUGUCAUGAUUGCAAUUAAUUAAUUUUAAAUAACUAGAAUGUAUUAGGCAAGAAGAAUUUAGUUCUAUGUGCUACUGCAAUUUGCAAAUGUAUCAUUUAAGUGAGGGAACUCAAGCAUGAACAAAAUAAUAAACAUAACCUAUCGUGUGUAUUAAAUAGGUAGCUUUACAUUAUUUCAAGUCCAAUUAAAAUAAUAAAUACAAUCGUCAAAAUGGAGUCAAUACCAGCUGCGAAGGUUAAGAAUAUAAACCCAAUGAGCAAGACUAAAUUAAAGAAAACUAUUAAAAAUGUUGUUUGCCGCCCCGAUCCAGUUACUUGGCCUUUGGCAUCAGAUGGCGAAAAAGAAAGUCUGGAAGCAGUCCUUCAGAAGCAUUGUGUAAACAUACCAACAUUUAAGAAACCUCACUGGAAUGAAAUUAAGUCUAUACCCAAAGAAAAGAGGCCAAAACCUCCACCAAUUGAGAAAGUAGAAGGACUACUUUUUGGUAUAUCAGACUGUCAAAGUUCAAUACAAAGUGGAAUUUGUUCAGCAAUCUUAAUAGAAUCAGAAGUAAAUCCAAAAAUUUUAGUUGAAUCCCUUAUUGAAGAUUGUCUCACUCAUUCCAUACCAUAUAUUUGUUUGAAAGAUCUCAGAAAAACAAGUGCUACUAAUUUUGGUAUUGCUACGAGUUGUCUUGGCAUCAAGAAAAAUUGUCUAUUGGACAUACAGGGUGUUAUAGAAGAUAUUUAUAAGAAAAAACAACCAAUUAGAGAAGAAAGUGACGCAACAUUUAAUGAAAAAGAGGAAUCUAUGGAAAUAGACACUAGCACACAAAUUUUACCAUCUAAAACUUAUCCAUAUUUACAAAGAAAAGAUAAGAAGACCAGAGUAUUUUCACCAUCAGAAAGUACCAAGCCAGGAAGUGCAACUAAUAAAUUUAGUGGACAGAACUUUAUAGAAUUUUCUGGAAAUAAGAAAAGCGACAGAAAAUCCUACAUGAAUAUGAUACUUAAAAGAAUAUCUAAUAAUCCAAACAGAGUUAAGUUGAAAAAGUAAUUAAAUAAAACCAUUUUUUU